GUGCGUGAUCGAGUGGGAUGAGUGGCACUUGACUGACAUGGAGCUCAGUAGCGCGUGCGCUCAUGAGAAGGAGCUGCACGCCCUGCAGGCGAAUUUCGAAGCGCUGCAGAAUAACUUUGCGCGUGCUCAGGAGCGGUACAAGAAGGACUACGCGAAGAUGAGGGCACACAUGCGCUUCAUGCGCGGUGACGAUGGUCCUUCCGGCACGCGUCAGGCCACACAGAACGUGCUUAAGCGUCGGCGAGAGGUCAAGGAGGAGGAGAUGGACAUGCCUACCUUGGACGACCUUGACCAGGUGAUGGGGCCGGGCUUCUUAGCCUCCGUGGAUGAUCUCGAGCAGCGCAUGCGAUCCGAGAAGCGUGUCGUGAAGGAGAAGAAACGACGCGUACCGCUCGGGGACAGGGAGAAUGCCGCGCCUAAUGCUCCCAUUACCCCGCCCAAGAAUGGGGGUUCUGUGCCCACAUUCAACUUGAGUACGCCUCAGAGGAAAGUACCACGACCUGCACCUCUUCAGCAACCUCCGUCCCCAUCCGUGACCGAGGAGUCUACGCAAUCACCCAUACGUAGUAAGACUACCACUGAGCGCCCGCCAGUCGUCCUCGUCCCAGACUCGUCCGUUAUCUCGAUACACAGCUCGCCACCGUCCGCAGGGCCAUCUCGCUUGCCGAAGGAUGAGCCGGAGUCGCCUCAGAUUUCACUCUCCGAGUCGCGUCGACUUGACCUCCCUGAGUCGCGUGGGCGUGACCUCCCCAAGUCGCCUCUGCCUGAUCUCACUGAGCAGCCUCAGCUUGAUCGCCAUGACAAGCAGCGCCAGAGAGGUCGCCGCAGCGAUAUUGGGCCGCAUACACGCACCACGGAGGAGCCGCCUAGGAAGAUACGCAGGCUGAGCGACGGGGCGCAGAGGUUGCACGGAAACGACGCGCAGAGGUUGCAUGGAAACGACACGCAGAGGUUUCCCGGUGGCGAGGCCCUGCGGCGACACGGCGGAGGGGAGGCGCUCCGGCGACUCAAGGCUGAGGUCGACGACGAGGACACGACAUUGAUUGGCGAGGAUAGGACGCUGGGUGGCGGGGAUAGGACGCUAGUUGAGGAGGGAAAACCUUUGACCAAGGACACGCAUACUGCAAAGGGGGAGUCGAGCGAAUCGAAGGCAGAUCGCAAUGGCGAGGGUCGGACCGAUCGUAAGGGCAAGGGGCGAGCGGAUCCUUCCACACCGGCUGCCUCGUCAGAUUCCAAGAAGGCGCUGUUGAAGUCGAAGGCGGAGACGGACUAUUCUCGAUUCAAGGGUCGGGGACGGUAUGGGAAGGAGAGGGAGAGGAAGAAGGAUGCGGGCGACACCACCAUCAACUCGCUCUUUGAGAUCGACCGCACUCGAAACAACGGCGCAGACUUCCAGUUUGAGGAUGUUGUGCGUGGCAGGGAGAGCCGCAAGCGUUUGGAGGCUACGGACUGCGAAUGCUGUCGCGAGUACUACGAGGCAGUGGGGCCACUGCCCGCUCGACCGCAGGGUCCGCUGUGGCGCUCGCCAUCGCGGUCUCCUCGCAAGCAUCGUCCGGAGUGCCAGCACCAUCAGGAUGACCGCCGUCAGGACGACCAUCGAGAUGAACAAGUACAGGCGCAUCGACAGGCGAUCUCGCGGCAUCGGCAGCAGUGGGCGAGGGCGAAGACGCCGCCGGGGUAUUGGGAGAUUGGAUUCCCGAGUACGCAGGAGGUGACGGAUAUGAAUGAGCGUGCGAGGGAGAUGCAUAGGGAUAAGUUGAGGGUGGUGGAAGCGGAGGCAAGGAAGGAUGGGGGGAGGUAUCGUCGGCGGUAGUCUGGGUGUUUCUGUAAGGACUAUGCAUGUGUUUCGACAUACUAUCGUAGGGAGUACGCAGGGCUCCUGCAAUGCAAGCAGCUCGGCUUCUCGUUGUGCAAACACUUCGGCUUGUCGCAGUUGAACUUGACUUAGAG